GCACUCAUGGAGUACACACUGGUUUUCAUACUGCUCUUCUUCUUAGCAGGACCAUGUUUGUCCCUGCCUGGUCAGAUUUCCUCUCAGUCAAAUUUUGGAGCAAGAAGACAAAGGAGAAGCUUCUCUGAUGAUAUCGAAGAAAACACUCCAAUUGCAAUGGAAAGGAUCAUAGAUGUGAACGACUAUCAAGGUGUCAUUUCUGUAGAUGGCACCAACCUCAGAGAAGGAGAUAUAGCCGUGUCCAGUAGGAGUCAGAAGAACUGUUUUGCCAGAAGCUGCCUGUGGACCAGAUCUGUAGAUGGAAAAGUGUACAUCGCAUACUCAGUGUCUCAUGCGUACAGUGAGGAAGACGUGGAGAACAUUAAGAAAGGCAUGAAGCUCAUUGAACAUGAUACGUGUGUGCGCUUCGUGCCCAGAACUCACCAGAGGGACUACCUGGAUAUUCAGCCCAAAACAGGGUGCUGGUCAUAUCUGGGAGCACGUGGUGGUAGACAGACCAUUUCUCUCCAGACACCUGAGUGCACCGGGUCAGGGGUCACCGUCCAUGAGCUAAUGCACGCUCUGGGCUUUGUUCACGAACAAUCCCGAGCUGACCGGGACAAGUAUGUCACCAUCAUGUGGUCCAAUAUAUGGAAUGACCGGCUGAGGAAUUUUGAAAAGUUUAAAACAAACAACCUGGACACCCCCUACGACUACGGCUCUAUCAUGCACUUUGGAAAGUAUGCCUUCUCUGAGGAUGGUGAACCUACUAUUGUACCAAAAAGAAACUGGAACGUGAAGAUUGGACAGAGAUUUGGACCCAGCGACUUGGAUAUAAUGAAGAUUAAUAGAAUGUAUAAAUGUAAUGCAUAAUGAAAUCCAUUUACAGUAAUGAAUGAUCCAUUGCACGGCUAAAAGUCUGACAUUAAUGCAUUAGUGCUUUUACUUCUUUUAACAUUUUAACAUCAUAUUUUUUUUAAAGGAA